GCCCUCUAGCGUCCGUUUCGAAGGAACUGACACUGUGCUGUGAUGUCAUUUGUGAAGCAGGCAACUUGCUGGAAGCGAUUUAUCCUUAGAAGCAUGAGACGUCUAGCUAGGCAGCAUGUCCCGGCUGUCACCACACCUCCAGCACAGCAUCCCUGAUCAUCUGGAACUCUCAAGCAGCGCCUGACAGCUUGCACUCUGCUCUAGAGGAGCUCUUCCAGGGGGCUUUAAUGCAUUAAAAGUCCUGUCCUACCCUACCAGAAUUACAAAUCCAGGAGAGAUAAAAAGAAGUUGGCUAUGUCACUUUGGCUGAUGUGCCCCAUCCCGGUUUGUGUCUCCAGCACAUGAUGCCCUCUGCUCUUCCUCCUGGGUCCCUUUAAAUUCAUCUUGCCUGCUUCUCCAAUACCCAUACUUUAGAUGUUACUCAUGGAUGAACCUGUGGAGAUGACUACAAGCGAGAACACAACUCUGGGUUUCCAGCUGACUACUGCAUGGGACAAUGGAACCUUCAGAGCUGACAAUCAUACUUUUCACAACGGGACUUUGAGUAUAAACUUUACCAGGGCCAUGCUAGUUGGGUUCAUCCUUGGAGCCUUAAUAUGUGCAGCUGUUGUUGGCAAUAUCAUGGUAAUCAUUUCUGUGGUCACCAACAGGCAGCUGAGAAUUCCCACCAACUACUUAAUUGUCAACCUAGCCAUGGCUGACCUGCUGCUGAGCACCACAGUCCUACCUUUCUCAGCCACCUUUCAGAUCACCAAGUAUUGGGUAUUUGGUAAGAUUUUUUGUGACAUCUGGGCUGCCCUGGACGUCCUGUGCUGCACUGCCUCCAUAUUCAGCCUGUGUGCCAUCUCUAUAGACAGGUACAUCGGAGUAAGGUACUCCCUCCAGUACCCCACUAUAGUGACCAGGAAGAGGGUCUUACUGGCAUUGCUGUGUGUCUGGAUUUUAUCCACAGUCAUCUCUGUUGGACCAUUGCUGGGGUGGAAGCAGCAGACUGUCACUGAUAAGUAUGCAUGUGACAUAACCACAGAGCCUUUCUAUACCAUAUUCUCAUCCCUGAGCUCUUUCUACGUCCCCCUAAUUGUGAUCCUGGUGAUGUACUGCCGGGUCUAUGUGGUGGCCAAGAGGAUCACCAAGAACCUGGAAGCUGGAGUGAUGAAAGAAAGCAUGGACUCCAAAGAGCUGACUCUCAGGAUCCACUGCAAAAACAUGAAGGACGGGUCUCCCAAUAGCAAAUCUAACAACCAGCAGCCUCGCAGCUCCUUGUCAGUGAGGUUGCUCAAGUUCUCCAGGGAGAAGAAGGCUGCAAAGACCUUGGGGAUUGUGGUGGGAAUGUUCAUCCUAUGCUGGCUACCCUUCUUCACAUCUCUUCCUCUAGGUUCCAUUUUCAAACAGCUGGAACCACCACCAACAGUGCAGGAUGUAUUUUUUUGGCUGGGAUACUUCAACAGCUGCAUGAAUCCAAUCAUCUACCCCUGCUCCAGCAAAGAGUUCAAGAGAGCCUUCAUCCGCAUAGUAACUUGUCAGUGGGGAAGCAGGAGGUCGUCUAUGAUGCGCAGAUCUCAGCACCACACUCGGAGCAGCAGCACCUUCGGUCAGUUACGGAAAGAAUCCCUGGAUGACAGGCAGUUUAUGAACGGCAGCCAGAAGACAGUGGCCUCCAUCUCUGAAAGCCCACGCUAUACGAGAAAACCACCUACAAAGGAGAGCGGUCUUCGUGACUGGAAACAUCCGUACGUCCUAGUGGACUCUGAUGAAAAACAGACUCAAGAAAACAAGGCCCAGGACAAGCCGAACAAUGCCUUGAAAUUACCAAAUCUUUCAGACUGUAAUGACCACAGCACAAGUAUUGCAUUACAGGACUACAGUGACUCCAAAGCCACCUGAGAUGUUGUUGUGGGAUGUGAUGGACUAUUAAUAAAAUAGAUCUGUUCAAAGUGCCAAUCUAGUUAAUGCAUCUAUGACUGAUAGGCAUUUGUAGUUGGGUUUUGUGGAAGCUUAUAGGAUAAAAAUAUUUGGAUAGCACUUAUAAGGAAAGUCACAUAAUGGACUAAACAGCUGAACAAGGUAGAGAAAAGGAUAAGGAUACAGCUACAUUACGUUGAACCCAAGUUGAUCACAGGGAGAGGAAAAGGACUUUUAUUGAAUGGUAGCAGAUGCUAGUAUAUAUGUGUUCAUUUGUAUGCAACUAUAACUAUAUUUUCUGGGGAAUACACAGUGUGCAGUAAAUUUUACAUGGACCUCAAGCACUAGUCACAUGGUCAUUUGGGGGCCUGCUCAUUGGUGCACAGCCAAAAAAUAUAUAUAUUGCAAGUUGUGUCUAUGUUCCACUGAGCAUUCAUCCUAUAGUAUCUGAAAAAAACAUGUGACUGCAUUUUUUUUAAUUAUCCCAUUACAGAGUUCCAUCUGAGUGGCAGCUGAAGCAAAGGGAAAAUAGGACCUGAACGUUCCUGUCAUUACUUAUUUCUGUGGUCCCCAAUGCAUGAUUUAAAAGUCUUAGGGCUAGAUUUAUCAAAGAUUGGAGUAUAGAGGAAUAAAGUAGCAACCAAUAAGCUUUAUAGUUUGAAAAAUUACAGGAGUUGAUUGGCUGGUACUUUUUCUCUAUCCAUUUUAUCUCUCUCCAAGCUUUAAUAAAUAUCUCCCUUUAUUUCAUUAUAGCGUUAUAUUAUUUUCUAUAAAUGAAAGUUGAUUGACUAUACUGUAUGCUGUUUUUUUGUGUAUAUUUGGUAUAUAUUUCAAGAUAAUUUAUUUCUGUAUACAUUUGGAAUACACAUACCUCUCGACAUGUCAAAUGGCAAGAGAAAGGAGCACUGGAAUGACCAUUUCGCAUUUCGUUGAUAAAAUCAGAUAACCACGCGACUUUACUUAAAAAGACACAAUUUCAAGGGGCAAUGAAUAUAGUACAUUAAUGUUAUACACUGUUCAACUUAGAUACUAUCUAAUAUCACAAAUGGAAAACUAUACACAAUAAUGGAGCAGGUAUCACAGCCCGGAUGCACCAGACGGCUCUACACAUUGCAGGGGGUGUGCCUGGGAGUAUAGGGGUCUAUUUACUAAGCCUUGGAUGGAGAUAAAGUGGCCGGAGAUAAAGUACCAGCCAAUCAGCUCCUAACUGCCAUGUUACAGGCUGUGUUUGAAAAAUUACAGUUGGGAGCUGAUUGGCUGGCACUUUAUCUCCGUCCAAGGGUUAUAAAUAUAUAUAUAUAUAUAUAUAUAUAUAUAUAUACAGGUUGAGUCUCCCUUAUCCAAAAUGCUUGGGACCAGAGGUAUUUUGGAUAUCGGAUUUUUCCGCAUUUUGGAAUAAUUGCAUACCAUAAUGAGAUAUCAUGGCGAUGGGACCCAAGUCUAAGCACAGAAUGCAUUUAUAUUACAUAUACACCUUAUACACACAGCCUGAAGGUCAUUUUAGCCAAUAUUUUUUUAUAACUUUGUGCAUUAAACAAAGUGUGUCUACAUUCACACAAUUCAUUUAUGUUUCAUAUACACCUUAUACACACAGCCUGAAGGUCAUUUAAUACAAUAUGUUUAAUAACUUUGUGUAUUAAACAAAGUUUGUGUACAUUGAGCCAUCAAAAAACAAAGGUUUCACUAUCUCACUCUCACUCAAAAAAGUCCGUAUUUCGGAAUAUUCCGUAUUUCGGAAUAUUCCGUAUUUUGGAAUAUUUGGAUAUGGGAUACUCAACCUGUGUAUAUAUAUAUAUAUAUAUAUAUAUAUAUCUAUCUAUAUACACAGCGGUCAGGCUCGGCACUCCUUAAAGGGGAAGAUUACUUGCUGUGGUGCCAUCUGAGGAUGUGUUCUGAAUCCUUUAUGCAGACUUGGAAGCAGAGGCACUCUACAG